CUCCUUAAAGUGGUUUUGCUUUUUCCAAAGUGUUGAAUCACAAUUUAAACAGUUCUUCCACACAUUAAUGUCUCUCUCCCAUCUCUCCCUCGAAAUCUGAUCAACAGAACUCAAUAUCAAUUUCGAGAGGUUUGAAGUUAUAUUUACAGUCAUUGGGUUUAGCACAUUAGUGUGAAGACAAGUUUGAAUGUCACAAGGGACUGAAAUUGGCUCACUUUGAUUUGACAAAAAUGACAGAAAUUUUUGGAUAUACGGCUUGCAGACAGUUAUCCCAGAUGUUUUUGGCUGUGCUCUUCUUUCAUAGUUCAGAAUAUGUUUUAGUUGCUGCUAUUCAUGGGAGAUCAAGUGUUAAUCUUAGUUCACUCUUGAUCAGCAAAGCUUAUGUGUUUGCAAUGAUGUUUGCGUUGCUUGAGUAUGUUGUUGAGAUUGCUUUAUUUCCUGGGUUGAAGGAAUAUUGGUGGAUAAGCAAUUUAGGUCUUGUAAUGGUUAUAAUUGGGGAGAUUACUCGGAAGCUGGCGAUUGUAACAGCUGGACAAGCGUUCACACAUCUGAUUAAGGUUCAUCAUGAGGAGCAACAUAAUUUGAUAACUCAUGGAGUGUAUAGGUUUGUUCGUCAUCCAUCAUACACUGGUUUCUUAAUCUGGUCAGUUGGAACUCAGAUAAUGUUAUGUAAUCCUAUAUCGAUAAUUGGGUUUGCUAUUGUUGUCUGGCGCUUCUUUUCUCAACGGAUACCAUAUGAAGAGUUUUUCUUGAGGCAGUUUUUUGGGUCGGAGUAUGUGGAAUAUGCUUCAAAAACUCCUUCUGGAGUUCCAUUUGUAAAGUGAAGAUGUUAUGGAGUCUACACACAGAGUUGAACUCAUUUGUUACCCUCAUCUUGUUUCAUGGAGAAAGAUUCAGAAGAGUUCCAGUGAUGCUUUAUUGAAGAAAUUUGGAAUUUAGUUGAAGCUGAAACUGAUCAAACCCAGUGAGCUUACAUUUGCCAAUACUACAUUUGGCAGUAAAGAUGACGCUGAUUUCUUGAAGUGGAACCAUUUAAAUUUGCUAAAUUCGUUGGAGUGGAAUGGUUUUUCUUCGUUGAACAUCUUUUUGAUCCUCACCAAGACUGUAAGUCUGUAAUUUUGCAUAUGCCUUAUUUAAUGAUGUAUUUUUAUUCAUGUGCACAUUUGAAAAUCUCCAUUUACUGUAUUUUAUGUUAUGGGAUUCGAUUACAAUGUUAAAGAAGCAACCUAUACAUGGUAUGCUAGUUGGAAAUGGAAUAAUUAAUCUUAUCUAUUAAAUGAUCCACAA